ACAUCUCCUCGCCGCCGGGCGGGAGCGGCUCGGGAGCCGUGGCCGGGGAAGGCAUCGGCUCCGUGAGCGGCUCCCGGGGGAGGCGGCGAGGCCGGGGCCGAGCCGGGCGCUGCCCCGUUUAUAGGAGGGCGGCAGGCGGCGGCUGAGCCCUCCCCGUGCCGCAGACGCAAACGGGGCGGUGGCCCCGGUUAAAGGGGAAACUUGACAGCGCCGCCGCCCGCUCCGCUCCGCUCCGCCGCCAGCGCGCUCCGCUCCGCCGCGAUCUCUGCCCUCUACCACCGCCAAGAUGCUGCUCCUGCUGCUGGGGAUCAUCGUGCUCCACGUCACCGUGCUGGUGCUGCUCUUCGUCUCCACCAUCGUCAGUCAAUGGCUGGUGAACGGCGAGCACGCGGCAGACCUGUGGCAGAACUGCACCUCCGGAGCCUCCUUCCACUGCCUGGCAUCCUCCUCCAACGAAUGGCUGCAGGCUGUCCAAGCCAUGAUGAUCCUCUCCGUCAUCUUCAGCGUGCUGUCGCUGUUCCUGUUCUUCUGCCAGCUCUUCACGCUCACCAAGGGCGGCCGCUUCUACAUCACCGGAGUCUUCCAGAUCCUGGCGGGGCUGUGUGUGAUGAGUGGCGCUGCCAUCUUCACAGUGAGGCACACGGACUGGCACCAAGCCUCGGAAAACACCUCCUACGGCUUCGCCUACAUCCUGGCGUGGCUGGCCUUCCCCCUGGCCCUGGCCAGCGGCAUCAUCUACGUCAUCCUGCGGAAGCGCGAGUGACGCCGCGGGACGUGGCCGCGGGACGGGGCAGCCGCGACGUCCCCGCAGCCGACGGAGGCGGGGGAGAAUAGAUGAGGAAAUGGAAAAGAAAAUUAACCAAAAAACCAAAAAAAAAAAGGAAUAAACCCUCCCACCCAAGCCAAACCCAACCGACCCCCAGAGGAAACACUCAAAGGGUUCCUUGUUAAUUGAAGAUGUAUAUAGUAUCUAUGGUUUAAAAAACCUAUUUAUAACACUUUUUACAUAUAUGUACAUAGUCUUGUUUGCUUCUGUUGACCAUGCGCUGUUUUAAAGCCUAAAGCAAGUGCCUAAGGAACUCUCACUCCUAACAGUGUAACAAGAGCGCGGUGAUUUUUCUCUCAUGCAAAAUCCUCUUUGAGCUGAACUCUCCUGCCCUGUCCCAGCCCGCCAGGACCCCCAGCUCUGGCUUUGGGCCGGCGUGGAUCAGCACGCCCGGUUCCACAGCCGGGGGCCAGGCCUGCUCCUGCCACACGCUGUGAUCCGAGGGCACGUCCAGAUCUGAUGGGAGACGCUUCCAAAAGGUUUGAAGGAUUUCGGAGCAAAGGCUUUGAUUGCCCCAAGUGCCUAAAUGACUUACGUGCCUAAGUCCCGAUGCCUUGCCGCCACACCCGCGGGGAAUUUGGGCUUUUAAAUCACUUAGGCCGAGCUGCAGUCCAGCCCGGGUCCCAGCCUGGAACGUGCUCUGCCCUUGCCGUGGAGCUAAAGUGCCCUGAGGAAGCAGCCAGCCCGGGCUCUCCCUGAAAUCCAACCCCAGAUGUAUGAAAUGGUGCUAUCUAUUUACCAUUCCUUACCCUGCUACGCCACUUAACCUUAGUCACUGGAAAUUCAGUUAACGACCUUGAGGUAAACAAGCUAAGAAAUGAGAAAUAAUUCUGUGUAAUAUAAAUGAGCUAUAACUGCUUUUGUACUUAAGAUUUGCUCUUACUAUUAUUUUUAAUAAAGCAUUUAUAACCAAGAUUCCUUUUCCCCUCUGUGGUGCAGAGGAACAGAAGCAGCUCUGGCUGGAGCCUGUGGGGCUCUGGCACCGGAGCGAGGUGUGAGUCCUCUGUCUGUCAGCAAAGAGUCUGGCCAUGAAUGGAACAGGCACCAGCACAGACCCCGGCUGCCUCUGAGGACUCCAGACACUGCUGCUUUUUUUGGUUAAUCCUGAGGUUUUUUGGAGUUCUACUUUUUUUUUUCUUUUUUGCUUUGCUUUUCUGAUUUUAUACCGACUGUGUGGACUAAGAAGCAAUGAAAUAAAAGUCAGAAUAACUCA